CUCAAAUAGAAGUUUGUACUUCUUUGAAGAAAGUCUUGAGCUGGUUGUAAAAGGCCUGGUAUUAGAAUAUGACAGUAACCUGAAAUUUAUGAACUUAAUUGAUAUGUCAAGUAACAAUUUAUCUGGAACAAUUCCUGUCCAAAUGUUUAGCCUCUUCGGAUUGAGUUCCCUGAACUUGUCGCACAAUAAAUUAACAGGAAAAAUACCUAACGAAAUUGGCAACAUGAAAAAUUUGGAAUCCCUUGAUUUUUCUGUGAAUCAGUUUUCGGGUGAAAUUCCCCAGGCCCUGUCCAAAUUGUCCUUUCUCAGUUAUUUAAACCUGUCAUUCAACAAUCUCACAGGCAAUAUACCAUCAGGCACACAACUUCAGGGAUUUGGUGAACUCAGCUACACAGGCAAUUCUGAUCUUUGUGGACCUCCACUUACAAAAGUAUGCUUCAAGUUGUCAGAUGAUAAAUUUAAAGACAGAAAGCCAAUAAAUGAAGAUGGAGAUGAAUCUGAAUUUUUUCCAUGGUUUCAUAUUGGACUAAAAUCUGGAUUUGUGGCAGGCUUUUUGGGAGUUUUCUGUGUCAUUCUCUUAAAUAAAAAAUGGAGAGAAACUUACGUCAAGUCUCUUAAUGACUUAAGAGACCGACUUUGUGUCAUGGUUGUCAACAAUAUAAACUCCUUCCGCUAA